AUGUUGUCUAGAUUUUCGGCAGAGAAAAGCGUGCUGGUGGCAGGAAGGCCGGUUGUUUUUCAGCUGGUUUUGGUACAAACUGUAUACGACCGUGGCGAGAGCUUUGAAGGCGUUGCUCAAGUGGUGAACGAUCACCCACUGCUCGUCGCCAUGGACUCCCCCGUUACCGAUGAUCAGGCAAAAGAAGUGUAUGAAGCUAUGCUGGAUCACUACAAUGCAAGGGUCGACGGCCCCGGCAAGAAAAAGGGUCGCUCGAAACAAAUAGAGCUGCUCGCCCAUUUGGUUUUCGGCGCCUAUGUACAGGAGCUCUUGUCGCUAGUGAAAGACGAUCAAGAAGAGUUCCAAAGAGUGUACAAAGAGAGCGAAGAACUAAUGCAUCUCAACUAA